UCUUAGAUAUGCUCGGAUGGCAUCAUCGUCAUCGUCGUCGGAUGAGUUGCCGACAACACCAGAAGCAGCUAUUAUGUCAAACUAUCACCGAAAUGUUUUCAAAAUYAGAUGCAAAGGUUAUAGUGGUUCAAUCACUGGCACCGGAUGUUUAAUUAACAAACAGUACGGCCUUUUAGUAACCAAUAUUCAUAUAUGCAAAGACAUUAGACAAGUGGAACUGGAGUAUCAUAAUAUGAUCACAUCAGAUACCUGUGCCGAUAGUGUAUUGAAAUUUAAAGGAMGAGUAGUAUAUGUCGAACCGCAAUAUGAYUUAGCACUUGUGAGGGUACAGUUUGAYAAUAGUARCGAUAAYAAWGAUAAUCAGCUGACUGRCCAGUUUGAAUUGAUCGAUAAACUGCCCGAUUUUGGCGACUGUCUGGUCUGUUUGGGACAUCCCCUACCGGGAAACUAUAGUAUGACUGCCGGUAUUGUUGGCUGUGGACACCGAAAGUUUGAAGCGAUUAGUCAAUUGUAUUUUGCCGACAACCCGUUUGUAGGCCACACCUGUGGUACAGCUAAUGGCUAUUCUGGUGGACCGUUGAUCGAUGAAAUGGGACGGUUAGCCGGUAUACAUCAUUCCAGUUACGAUCCAACUGGUAGUAGAUGUGCAACACAUGCGACAAAAGUUAAUGAGUUUUACGAAACGGCAAAAUGGUUUCACCAGAAAAAGAGUAGGUAUCAAAAUGAUAGGAAAUGGCUGAUUGAAAAACAGUCGGAUUUGACGGACAGACUCAAGUUAGGYCUAGAGAUCUAUUGGUUCCGAAAAUCGUUGGUCGAAAAAUUCUGGUACCAAAAAAUGGCCACAAUUGAGGGCCGGGUAUUCAAUGUUAAAUGUCAAUUUGACGGACAUAUACUCRUAUGGAAUAUAUUGAAACCAAUUGAUAAUAAUGUUUUGGAAAAGGAAAGACUAUUACAAUUUGAUAUAAUUAUUACAAUUAAUGGCAAUUUAGUUAAAUCUGUCGAUGACUUAUACAAUACGGUUGAAUCAAAUCCUUGGAAAUCAAUUGGAUUGACUGUCUUCAGGAAUAAGACUAUAAUUGAUAUAACAUUAAAUCCACAACAAUUGCCAUUAGAGUCGUUAGGAUUUGCUUGA